AAGUUUGAUAUGCUGAGGUGUUCCCUGUGGGUGCUGGCAAACUUAUUCAGCAAGUCCCUCUCCCACUCAUUUAGCGCAUGUACAAUGUCGGGGACAGCUGACACGUGCCCUAUAUCUGUCCUUGAAAGGUUUGAAAAAGUGGAAGGUUCGACGGGAAAGUUUAACGAUCUGGUGCUGAAGUACCCAGUGAAGAUGGGAGACGCAAAUCAGGUCGUUGUUUUCUUCGGAGGCGACAUACAGGACUUUCCAGAGGCAAUGAUGAAGCAUCGUGAUAACAGGCGGUACGUCCAGUGGAACCUCGAAAACAUGGCCACAUUGAUGGGAAAGCACUUCCCCACCGCUCACUGCAUCGUCGUAAGGCCAAACAGGCUUCAGUACCUCACAUUCAGCUGUUAUGACAACUUUGUUGAGAGCAACGACAUGGGGGCACCGACUCACGAAUUCAGCAUUACUGCAUUGGAGCACAUGCAUGCCCUCCUGAGCACUUUGUCCGUGAGGCUGAAUGAGAAAACAGACAAGGCAAAGUAUGGUCCUGUUGCCACGGGCAUGAUGGAACUUCCGGUGGUGCUUAUUGGAUUCAGCAAAGGCUGUGUUGUCCUCAACCAAUUCCUCUAUGCUAUGAAGGCACUGGAAGUCGCUCCUGAUGAUGAUGUCAGUGAGCUUGUCCGCAGAAUAAAAGCGAUGUACUGGUUGGAUGGUGGUCACUCCGGUGGAUCUAAUACAUGGGUAACCAAGGAGGCGGCCAUGAAACCGUUGAAACAUUUGGAGAUCAAGGUGUAUAUCCACGUGACUCCAUACCAAGUGCUGUGUAACUCAAGGCCCUGGAUAGGCAAAGAAGAGAAAGUGUUUAGAGAGACUCUGAAGAAAUUGGGGGUUGACGUGACACGGAAGAUCUAUCAUGAAGAUGAGCCUGCUUCUCUGGAAAUGCACUUUGGUGUUCUUAAGGAGUUCAAGGAAGCUGCGUGACUGUGGGACUUCUACUGCUUGUUUGUGCUAACACGUGCUUUAAGGCGUAUGAGAGUGCCACAUGUUUAAUGUCUGCCUUCUUCAGCGUGCAACAUUUUAUUAGUUUUUUGCAUCUACCAUUUAAUGCGACUGGUUCUGUGAACGUCACGGGUCACAUUAAUGCUUGUGUACUAGGGGUCUGUGUGAGCAGAUAAUUUAUUGAGGCCUCGUGACUUCGCUUACGUCAUAUCUGUGUGGUGGAUUUGAAUGAACUUGGACUGCAAGGCGAAGCUGUUCUGUGUGGAUAAGCCCGGUGUUGUAGUGACCUUCUCAGAGACCUACCUAACAGCGACUUGUUAUCAGUGGCUGUGUGAUUUGUGUGCAGAGAAAAAAAUAUUCGUGCGCAACAAGAGUUGGUUGAUGCAUUUAUAAAGAGAGAUGUGUUGUGAUCAUAAAGAAAUCAGUGAUCAUGUGUGAAGAUAGGAUUGACUUAAUGCGUGUUGCUGAAGGCCACUGUCUGUUUAGUCUAAAUGUUUGUUACUGAUACGUUAGUGAUACUGCUGCUGCCACAACUGAGACUUUGGGUGACAUUGAUCUUAGUAAAGUGCAUGACCAAAUGUACUCCAGAGGCAACAGAUAUUUGUUAAUCUUGUAGUGUGUCUGGCCUUUAUAGUGAGUACUAAAAUGCAUACAGCUGCAUUGCAACAGAUACUGAUCUUUGAUGUGCCAUAUGCUUUGCAUUAAACGUUACCAAACGUGAUCAGGAAAAAAGAAGGUGCAGAAUUACGGAGGAGCUGGCGGUUAACUAUAGUGUAAAAUGUUGCAUUUGUAUUAUUGCUAUAUUUAUUUGUCAUCCUUCGUAGUUGUAUGCAUCACCUUGACAGUGCUGUUAUGGUCUAAUGUGCUACACAUUUUGGAACUGUUUGGAUGUACAGGGAAAGAGCGAAACAUAGGGAUGGCAGUGUGCUCAUCAAUGCUCGGACAAAGAGACUUCAUCUUUCAUGGCAUUAGUUGUGGUACUUGAUGUUACCAGUUCCAGCAUUGAACCCAGUAAAAGAGCAUAUCAAGUGAGAUAAGUGAAAGCAACAGUUUGACUGUGCAUGCAAUUAUGUCUUUUUUCACUAGUGUACGCAGCCGUAGUACUAUAAUUGUGCCUGGUGUGAUUGGAGCAGAGAUUCAGUUCACAAACAUAACCUAAAGAAACAUGUUUCAGGAUUGGCUACAAAGUGGCUCCAAGGUGCUGGUGAAGACCAUGUCUCUAAUGAAUUUAAUCGCAAAAACUUUGCGCAUGCACGCCACAACUCAGCUUAAUUUGUUGAUAUCUGCAGCUACUGCUCGGUUCCGUAGGCAAAUGAAAAUGUUUAAUGUUCAGUGCAUACCCCAAAGCAGUGUGCACAACCGAAAAUUUGAACUAAUGCAUGUUUCUAAAAGGCCAUUGUUUUGAAGAAAAGGCUUGUGCAGCUUUAAACAUUGCUUGCUGCAAACUAUUUCUGGUGGAUUGGCAGUACUAACACUGUGCAACAAAGUUGAUUGUGUGCAGCCAAAAGCCUGAUGUUUACCUCUCAGCCAGGCCCAUAGCCAGGAAUUUUUUUCGGAGGGGGGAGGGGGGGGUCAUCCUUGCUGAAAACUUUGAUUAUUUGAGAAAAACACCUAUUUUUAUUAUUUAUUUUUGGUAAAAACACCUACUUCGCCAAAAUUUCGAGGGGGGAGGGGCUAGGGACCCCCGCUACUGGCUACAGGCCUGCUCUCAGCACUUGUUCUCCAGGAACACAGUAACAACUCCUGUGAACCGUUAACUAUCUAAAUAUAUGUGUCAUUACCAUGAAUAUACUGUUGGUCAUCCCCCUGGGACUGAGCUGUUGCUAAACCUUAGUAAUUCAUAAAUUUGGAACAGAAAAUAGCAGUUUAAACGAUUUUAAUGCACCGUACUAUCAAAUGAUAUUUCUCAGACCGCAUGAGUAUGCAUAUUGUGGCUUCAUUUUAAGAAUAUGCUUCUCUAAAAUUUACUGGUUUCCUUUUCUUGCACAAUGUGGAUUUGUCUGUGUACAGAGAUCUAACAUUUUGAUGUUCAAAGGAACUGCAUAAGAUUAUUGAAUGGACCCUACAGAAUAUCCAUAAUUUUAAUAAAGUACAGUGUAAGCAUGAAAAGAAGACAAUGAUAAGCUUCUUUGGGCCCAUGCACGCUUGUGCUCGCCUGCCACUGAGGAAUCGGUCUAGCCGUGGCCUCGGACCAGUAAACAUGUUUCUGUUGUUUGCUGCUUCCAUGUCCUCUCAGAGGGCUCUGGCCUAGUGUCAUCCCUGAGCCUACAAUAUAUAUAUAUAU